AUGAUUAAUUCUUACGUACUCAAUGAUCUCAAUGAUGUUCCCUGGACUCUGAUGACAAAAGCCGGAACAUCAAUCUUCCCUCUGUCUCUCAGACUACAUCAGUGCUUCCCAACGCUUACGAUCCUGUCUUCUACUGCUCCCCUGGCCAUUCCAAAGGGCUCCCUCGUCGUCGUGACGGGAGCUAAUGGCUUUAUCGCCAGCCAUGUGGUCGAUCAGCUACUUGAACACGGGUACAAUGUCCGGGGUACCGUGAGAAAUGUUGCGAAAAACGCGUGGUUGAAUGACUAUUUCGGUGAAAAGUAUGGCCCUGGACGAUUCUCCCUCGCUGAGGUUCCCGAUAUGUCCCACGAUGGUGCAUUCGACGAGGUUGUCAAAGGCGCGGCCGGUAUCGCCCAUGUGGCAACACCUGUGAUGCAGUUUUACGACCCCAAUAUCGCCGUCCCGAUGGUUGUCAACGGAACUGUCAACAUAUUGGCCUCCGCCGCUGCUGAGCCCUCGGUACGACGGGUUGUUAUCACUUCAUCCUCCACGGCAGCCGCUAGCCCACAGCCAAACAAAGUGUUCACCAUGGACGAGAAAACUUGGAACGAAACAGCUGUCAAGGAUGCUUGGGCACCACCACCUUACGAAGGAUCGCAGCGACGCCUGGAUGUCUACUCCGCCAGUAAAACACAAGCUGAACAAGCCGCGUGGAAGUUCAUGGAGGACAAGAAGCCAAACUUUGUCCUUAACACUGUACUCCCAAAUGCCAAUAUGGGCUCCAUUCUCUCGCCAAAGAAUCAGGGCUAUCCCAGCACUGAUGGUUGGAUUAAGGCGGUCUGGGAUGGAUUCCCCGGCGAAGAAGGGCAGGGGCUUAAGUACAACCCGCCACAGUACUAUAUCAAUGUCCAGGAUGACGCACGUGUGCACGUCGCUGCCCUUAUUUAUCCAGAUGUGAAGAGUGAGAGACUCUUUGCAUUUGCUCACCCCUAUUCGUGGAAUGAUAUUCUCGCUAUUCUACGCCGGCUGUACCCACAGCAGAAGUUCAUCGAUGAUAUCCCUAACAUUGGUGAAGAUAAGAGCAUUGUUGCCAACCAGAGGGCCGAGGAACUUCUGAAGAGAAUUUCGGGUCUCCCUGCUUGGACAAGCCUGGAACAGUCGGUUCACGAUGCCACUAAGGCUUGGGUCUAG